UAUUAUUAUUAUAUUUGACACACUGUAACUAAAAGGUCUAUGCGAAAUGUAUGUUCUCGUUUUCAUCACUUCGGUCCAUAAUGAUGGCUAGAUAAAAAAUCAGCCGCAGGAAGAAAAUUCUGCACGUGUCAUAUUUGAUGCUCAAAGAGGACUGCAUUGCUUCUGGUCUCUGUCUCUGUUCAUAAGGGUCCAUUUCAACGUAUCUGAGUGUGUGAGACGGGGAAAGAACGGGAGGGGUGUCUUUAACCCAAAUGACCGAUUACAUAACAUCCUAAAAAAAAAAAAAAUCACUACAUACAGAUAACAGAAAAAUAAAAAAAAUAAACUAAAUCCCAAAGCAGCGAGUGAGUGAAUGAUACCAGUUCUCCCCAUGCUCCUUUUCUCUUCGUGGGAAUGAUGCUGAUAUCGCCAAAACCUCCAGUCCUCUGAGUGGAUUCAGGAUCAAUGAGAGAGAGAGAAAGAGAGAGAGAGAGAGAGAGAGAGAGAGAGAGAGAGAGAGAGGGAGAGAGAGAGAGAGAGCAGAGAGGGGUGUCUGCGUGUGUAUUUUAAGCCACAGCUGUUGAGCUACCCCAAGUACGUGCUCAAACCCAGAGGGACCAGCGCAGAGCCAAGAGGAGUACACCGUCCGUCUCUUCGCUCUGCGGACGCGUGUGUAAAACCCGUCAGCUCCCGGAUUUGCUUCCAACUUUUCUGUUUUUAGCUCGCUUAUCUCGUCCUUGGCGCAUUCCUCCGAGCGUUUGGAAUGACCACUUUUCCCGCCUGCGUCGUUUCCAUGUCAGCAUGGGAACUGCCGUGUCCAAAAGGAAGAAUCUGAGAAACGAUGCGAUAUCUUCUGUGGCAGCAAAAGUUAGAGCAGCGCGAGCAUUUGGAGAGUACCUGUCCCACACGCACCCUGAAAACCGAAACGGAUCAGCUCAUCUUCUGUGUGAAACCUUGGUGGGUCCUGAUCCAGAGUCGUCAAGAGACGCGAUUGGACUCAACAACAACAACACUCACCUCCCUCCCUGUUCCUCUGCUAAAGGCUGUACGAACAAACCAGAUCCUAUCCUGGCAAAGGAAAAGCUGGGCCUAAUCCAGCCUGCUCUCCCAUCCAUCACAGUUUCUACCAAACCGACUUGUCUCUCGCUUGAACAUAGCUUCGCAGCAGAGGAGGACCAGAAGACGUCAUUCGAGUGCACCCGUGUGUACACCAUCUCCUCCCAGCACGGCAUGCUGAUGAGCAGUGGCCGGGGCAGCAAAGAGAGCCUAGAACUGGACAUCCUGAAGGAGAAGUCCGGGAGCGGUGGGGUGGGGUCUAGAGGUGGCCCAAUCCAGCCCUCCACCUCCCCGUCCUCUGCCUCCUCAUCUCCAACCCAGUACAUCCGCUCGAGCAGCAGCCGAGGCAUCAGCAGUUGUAGCCACACUCACCACCACCACCACACCCCCGUCUCUGGAAUAAACGCCUCCUGUAGCAGCGGCGGCAUCAGCGGGGCAAGCAGUCAACCACAGCAGCAGCAAGCGGGUGCAGGAUCCCACUCCCAUCACACGACCCACCACCACGCCCAUCAUCAUCAUCACCUAUCCCAGCCCCCGCUGCAGACCUCGGUCAGCGCGCACAACAUCCGCAGCCUCGGUGAAGGCGCGAAAGGAGAAGCGGAGUGCAGCGGGCUUGCUUGCGAUUCGUGCAGCGGCACGCCUUCGCGUAGCCAGGGGUCGCUGGACCUGGAAAGUACAUCGAGAGAGGCAGGCAAGCAGCACCGACGCCUAGAGCGGAUGUGGAGUGUGGACCGGGUGACUGGGCUGGAGAGAGAGGACACCAACUGGUUCCCCAAGGAAAACAUGUUCACCUUCCAAACAGCCACAACAACAAUACAAGCGAUAUCGGCUUUCCGGGGAUUUGUGCAAAGAAAAAGACGAGAGAGGGAGCAGGAUACGGCAGAAGUCAUCCUGAGGAACUUCCGGAAGCAUCUUCGGAUGGUGGGAAGCAGGAGGAUUAAAGCGCAGACAUUCGCUGAGCGUAGAUCGAAGAGUUUCAGCUGUUCCUGGAAUGACCCCACCCCAGUCCAGACUGACUCCCCUCAUGAGGCUAAAGACAGUGGAGACCUGCAGGCCUCCACUAACGCCCUGGAGGACGGAGCUCUUGAUGAUGCUCUAGACUGGGAGGAGGAGAAAGAGAUGGAGAGGCUGGCCUGUGAAGGAGACGACUUUGUUCCUCCCAAAAUUAUGCUGAUCUCCUCCAAGGUUCCAAAAGCAGAAUACAUUCCCACCAUAAUCCGCAGGGAUGAUCCAUCCAUCAUCCCCAUCCUCUAUGAUCAUGAACAUGCAAGUUUUGAUGACAUUUUGGAGGAAAUAGACAAGAAGCUCACAGCGUACAGGAGAGGAAGUAAAUUCUGGAGGAUGCUUAUCUUCUGUCAGGGAGGCCCUGGUCAUCUGUAUCUACUGAAGAACAAGGUGGCAACCUUUGCUAAAGUGGAAAAAGAAGAAGAUAUGAGCCAAUUUUGGAGAAGAUUGAGUCGCUUUAUGAGUAAAAUCAACCCCGAGCCAAAUGUGAUCCACAUAAUGGGAUGCUACGUUCUGGGAAACCCCAACGGAGAAAAGCUGUUCCAGAAACUGAAGAAUCUGAUGAGGCCAUAUUCUGUUGAGUUUGAAUCACCGCUGGAGCUGUCUGCACAAGGCAAAGAAAUGAUCGAGAUGUACUUCGAUUUUCGCCUUUACCGCCUUUGGAAGACGCGCCAACACUCAAAACUCUUGGACUACGAGGACCUUUUGUGACAAAGACAUGCUGACAAACAGUGCAGCGGUAGCCCAGCAGUGCCAAGAGGACACUGUUAAAACUGACGAUCCGGUGGGAGAACAUAAUUAAUUGUCAGCUUAAAAGAUAAUAAUAAAAAGUCGUACCUGCUUUAACGCUGGUGAAGCCUGGAAGUGGAGGAAAAAGCAGCAGCAGGACAAUGUAGAACGACGGAUGAAAUGUGGAAAAAAAUGAGGAUAAACCCCAACGAAGCUGAACUAUCCAUAUCAAACCUGUCAAAUCUUUUUUUUUUCUUUAUCACUUGAGUUUCAAAAAUAUAAACUGAUGAUUAAAAGUGUAUACAUAUACAGUUUUUGUCACACUGUUGUUGCAAUGCCAUGCUUUUUGGGGGCAAUGUGCUUCAGAUGAAUUGCUGUAACUCAUCCUGUCUCAAUGUGAUUCUGUGUUUUGACGUCUCAGACUGGCCCCUGAGACAUACAUAUACAUCGAUAAUGUUAAAGUGUGUAUAGUUCACAUGGAUAUAUUAGUAUAGCCUUAGUCAUGCAAAUAAUACUCUAUAUUGGAUCAUCGUUUAUUUUUGAAGUGCAUUGUUGUGCAGUUUCAUAUGGAGAUACUUUGAAAUAACUCAGGUUUUUGCCAUAAAUUUAAUGACUCUGUCUAUUCUAUGAUGACAUUAUAAUAUUCAACGCCAUUGCUUUGAAUGAAUGUAUUAUCUCUCUAGAGAUUUGUGGGAAUAUGAAUGUUUUGUGAGGAGA